CUUUCUCAGUUGAAAGUCAGAGCUGCUGAAGAACGGACGAGAAAAUGACAGACCACAGAUGGAUGCACUUCAGCAACGGCGUCGUGCCGCCAAAUGCCGUGGUGGCCGGUCACGAUUCGGAUGGCGACACCAUCUACGUGGGACGCGCCUUCUUCUCCAACGACAUGCUGCCGGCGAAGGUGAUACCCAACAAGGGCAAGGCCUACGUGGCGUAUGCGCGCGAGGAGCACGAGCUGGAGAACUACGAGGUGCUGUCCGGCUACAGCUACGAGUGGCUGCCGGCGGAGAAUGGAGCUGUGCCGCCGAGCGCCGUCAAAGUGGGCAGGAAUGUGGACGGCGAGUAUUUGUAUGCGGGCAGGGGCUAUCAUGCCGGUAGCCUAACCAUGGGCAAGGUGCAUCCCUCCCACGGCUGUCUGUACAUCCCCUACGAUUCCGAUGAGGUGAAGAUCUUUGCCUACGAGGUGCUUAGCCAGCCGGAACGCUGGAUCGACACCACCGCCACAAAUAUCCCCGAUGGCGCACUAAUUGCUGGCCACGAUUCCAACGGGGACACCAUCUACGUGGGCCGCGUGUUCCGCAAUGGCGAUCUGCUGCCCGCCAAGGUGGUGCCUGCGAAGGGCAAAGCCUAUGCCGCCUAUGCCCAGGCGGAGCACGAGCUCACCGAUGUCCAGGUGCUGACCGGAUCCGGAUUCCGCUGGGUCCCAGCCUCGCACGGCAAUGUGGCGCCCGGUGCACUGUCCUCCGGCCCGAAUGUCGACGGCGAGUCUCUGUACAUCGGCAGGGCCAUCUACUGCGACAGCUUGAGUGUGGGCAAGAUCCAUCCAUCGCACGGCUGCAUCUACAUCCCGUUCGGCGGCGAGGAGGUGCGCCUCGAGAACUACGAGGUUCUGGUGAGGAUCUAGACGCGGCGAACAGCCAUUUUUUUUUUAAUAAAUCUAUUUUUACACAAGAA